AGCUGUCAAGGCUGACGUUGUUGUGACUGCAUCAGCUGUUCAUAUUGUAUUUAUUUUUUCACCUGUUAAAGCUUGCACCAAUUAACUCCAAUAUGGAUAAGGAAAUUCCUUUCGAGGAUCUUGUUGAACGUGCCAACGAAAAAAUAGAGCUUGGUUAUGAGUUAAUCUCACAAUUAGAGGAAUACAGGCAAAUAAAUGGUGUUGAUAAAAUUCAACGAAAAAUCAGUCAAGAAGUGAAGUUUCUGCAGAAGGUUAUUAAAAACGAAAAGCUAAAGAUAAAUCACGUUCAAUGUAGCAAUCUUACACACUACGAUUUCCUUGUGCAAAUAUUGAAAUUACAGCAGGAUGUGAUACAUCUCGAUUGUGGAUUUCCAGUGGAAGGGCGCAGUAAUCCACUACGUGUAGAUAUUGUUUGUGAGAAUGGUUUGAAAUGGAUAAAAGCCAUUGCACGUAAUUCCAAAUCUUUGGCUGAUGCGGCAAAAGGUGAGGCCAGUUAUGGAGCGCGUAGCAUACUGGACCAAGCAGAGGAGUAUGUAGAUGCCAGCGCCCAACACUUAUGCAUGUUCAAGCCACCCAGAGUGGUUUUCUAUUUCAGCCAAACCAUUGAUAACACGCUACUUGUAGAACUGCAAGAAAUCGGCGUUGAAAUUGCAUCAAUUGCGGAACCCUCCGAAAGCAAUGAGAGUGCGGACAUUUCUAGUGUGAGCACAUUAAAUAUAGAUAUAACUACGCUAUUGGCGUAUAUAAGCAACGUGUGCAAUGGCAGCUGUAAUUGGCAAUUCAGUGAGGGCAUACUUACCGAGCAGGCGGAAAAGGAGCGCCAGACACCAUUAAAGCCUGUCUUGGAUAAUCUAUUUAAAGGCAAACGUCUCAUUUGUUGCGAAACAGCAUACAAAUCAUUCGAAGAGAUUAUCUCUUUGUUGGCGGGUCCGCAAGAGCACAAACGUGCGGCGGAAUUAAUGCAAAUUGUGGAAGUUUUGCCCGAUGUGACUACGGUGCCUGAUGAAUUAGCUGUGAUUAAAUUUAGUGGUAAAAUAAAUGAGAGGAGCUUGAAGAUUUUCGCCUUCGGCAUGCAAAUGAAAGCGGUGACUGUGACCUCAAAUAAAGCAUUCGUACGCUCAGCGAAAAUGCAGGGCAUCAAUGUGCCAGUGUUUACGCACCAAGCCAGAGCCUUAACAGAAGCUAAAGAGUCAACUGCCACACCCAUACAAUGAUUCCCAAUUUCGGCAAUAUAACUUGGUUGUUGAUUGAUGCUCGUAUAUAGUUAACGAAAUCACAAACAAAUAUUUGCAUAUUUCUAAACCAUUUUUAUUGUGUAAAUUUAGCUAAUUUAUUAUUGUUAAACUUAUGUGACAAAAUAAUUGUAUAAAGUGAAUUUAAAUAUGUUAUGUAGGUGUAAGCAUACAUAUAACGCACAGCCAAGUUGUACAACAAAAGUGUUCCAAAGCGCAUAUGCUUGCUGCAGACGAAGCCACUGCCACUGCUUAGUUUUCUUCGUUCUCAUAGAAACUUUGCAAGAGUGCGAAAUAGCUCAUCGACGAACUGAUUAACUGAAACGAUAAAUGUUAUGUAAUUAUAUUAUAUACAAUAUACCAUUUAUUUAAGCAUACUGUUUAUAAUGUAUUAUAAAUUAUAAGUAUGUAUACGUACGCCGGAGAAGCUGUUCAGCGACAAUAUUGAGAACUUCAUCGCCGUUAUGCAUGUCUGUCGUUGACUGCGCAUAAUCAUGAAUUGCAAAUUCUUGCGAAAAGCGGCACUGGUGGAAUAAGAAACUAUUGGAAAGGAUUCCUUUUUUUCUUCAUCGGCAGCUACUUUCACACUACUCUCCCAGUUGCAGGCAUACAAGUGGUUGGCCAUCUCAAGCGACUGCAGUGAUUCGAAUAGAAAUUAGUAUAAUUGUUAUAAAUAUAUAUUUAUUUAAAAUUAUGAACACUAAUAAAUCGGAAAUUUUAAUAAAAA